AAUAUAGCCCUAGUAACUGAUGUUAGCCGAUGUUCUCUGGAACUGUCUAAAAACGUAUCGGUUUCUGCACACCAGUCAUCCUUAUUCAGGUCAAACAGAGGUAUGUGUGUAAGUUUGCAGUUAUAUUUUUGAUGCUUCGUUUGACCAUCGUAAAUAUUGAAAUCUGAGAGAAACUGAUAUAACGAGUUUUCCAGGAUUCAUCUGCUCUCUGCUGCAAUGGCGAGUUGUAAACUGGAAACGUUGAGGUUAAAUGCUUGUGGAAUCACAGAUGAUGGUUGUUUUGCUCUGUCUACAGCUCUGACAUCAAAACUCUCACACCUGAGAGAACUGGAUCUGUCUGGAAAUAAACUGGGAGAUGCAGGAGUGAUGGUGCUCUCUGCUGCAUUCCAAAAUAACUGUUCUAAUCUUGUAACAUUGAAGAUGAAUGAUAUUGGUCUUACAUAUGAAGGUUGUGGUCCUUUGGCUUCAACUCUCGCAUCAAACCCCUCACACCUGAGAGAGCUGGAUCUGUCAAAGAAUAACCUAGACGAUGUAGAAAUGUUAGUGCUCUCUGCUGGACUGGAAAAUUCUUACUGCAAACUGGAGAAACUGAGGUUGGUUAAUUGUGGUUUAACAGAUGAAGGUUUUGUUGUUCUGAAUAAAGCCCUGAGAUCAAACCCCUCACACCUGAAAGAGCUGGAUCUGUCUGAAAAUAACCUAAGCUAUUUACAUACAAUGCUGCUCUCUUCUGUGUUGGAGAGUCCUUACUGGGAGCUGAAAACAUUAAAACUGGUGAAUUGUAGUUUCACAGAAGAAGGUGGUGCAGCUCUGAUGUCAGCUUUGAGAUCGAACCCCUCCCACCUGAGAGAGCUGGAUCUGUCAAAGAAUAACAUGGGUUACUUAAUCAUGAUGGUGCUGUCCUCUGCGAUGGAGAUUCCUUACUGGGAGCUAGGAACACUGAGGUUAAAUGAUUGUGGCAUCACAGAUGAUGGUUUUGCUGCUCUUGGUACAGCACUUAGAUCCAACCCUUCACACCUGAGAGAGUUGGAUCUGUCUAGAAAUAAACUGGGGGAAUUUGGGGUACACAUGCUCUCUAUUGCACUGGAGAUGCCUUAUUGUCAACUUGAAACACUGAGGUUGGUCAGUUGUGACAUCACAGAUAAUGGUUGGAUUGUUCUGGUAUCAGCUCUGAGAUCAAACCCCUCACACUUGAGAAAUCUGGAUCUCUCUGGGAAUAAACUUGGAGGCUUAGAAAUAGCGUUGCUCUCUGAAGUAUUGGAGAGUCCAUAUUGUAAACUGGAGACAUUGAAAUUGAGUGAUUGUAAUCUCAAAGAUGAAGAAUGUGUUUCACUGGCGUCUGCUCUGAGAUUAAAGAUCUCAAAGCUUAGAGUGUUGGAUCUAUCUGGGAAUAAACUAGGAGAUUCAGGAGUGGAGCUUCUUUUUGCUGAACUAGAGGGACAUUUAUCUAAAUUUGAAGCUUUAAGAUUGGUGAAUUGUGGUCUCACCGAUGAAGGUUGUGGUGUACUAGCUUCAGUUCUGAGAUCAAAUCCCUCUCACCUGAAAGAGCUGAAUCUGUCUGGGAAUAAAGUGGAAGAUUUAGGAGUGAAGAUGCUCUCUGAUGGACUAGAGGAUCAUUGCUGCCGACUGGAAACGUUAAAGUUGGUGAGUUGUGGUCUCACAGAUGAAGGUUGUGCUUCUCUGGCUUCAGCUUUGACAUCAAACUCCUCACAACUAAGAGUACUGGAUCUUUCUAAAAAUAAACUUUCAGACUCAGGAGUUAAACUGAUCUCGGCUGGACUGGAGAAUCCCUACUGAAGUGGAAAUCCUCAGGCUGAUUGAUUGCGAUGUGAACGAUGAAGGAUGUGCAGCUCUGGCUUCAGCUCUGACAUUUAACUUCUCAAAUCUGAGAGAGCUGGAUCUGUCUGAGAAUAAUUUAGGAGAUUUAGGAGUGAAGCUUCUGAGUGUUGGACUGGAGGAUCCCCACUGUAAACUGGAGAUACUGAAGUUGAAACAUUGUGGCUUCACAGAUGAAGGUAUUGCUGCUCUGGCUUCUGGUCUAGGAUCAGACCACUCAUACCUGAAAAAUGUGGAUCUGUCUGGUAACAAGUUUGAGGAUUUUGGGGUGCAGCUUCUUUCUGCUGCAUUUUCCUAAGCAUACUUGAGGCAACAGAAAAAUUCAGAUAAGAUCAUGUCAUUAACUUUGAUAUUCUAAUGAAGCAUAUUGGCUGUUUUUUAUUGGUUGGUAAUGAUUGAUUUGUUUUUAUUCUAUGACUUGUGUCCCACAUACAAAUUGAUGACUGGGCCUUAGUGAUGGCAAGUUUCUCUUUCGUUUAGCUGAUUUUUUUUACUUUUAUCAUCAGACUUAUCAUUUACUUACCACCAAUAAACUGAAUCUAGGAAGAGUUAAUGUUUAGAGGACAAAGUGGAUUUUAUGUUAUCAUGUACAAGCAAAAAGGCGACAGAUUUCAUGAACACUAGCAGCGAUUUGAGACUCAUCUGAGCAGUUAUUUUUUAAAAUACCAUAAUUUUGCAAAUAAGUGGGCCUUGCUAAAAUAGUUUAGACCUCUAUUCUUGUAUGUCUUGUCAACAUCUUUA